AACGUUCGAUAGGAAACUAAAAGCUGUCAUACGGGUCUACCUUUUCUGAGGUGAGGAAUGGAGUGCUCCAGGAACUCUAUCCUCCUCUAGACGCUCAAAGAAAACUUGGCAACUUCUUCUACUAUGUUGUCUAGAGGAAAAAAAAAUAACAACUCACUUCAUAGAAAAAACAGCUACACGGAGUUUAUUUAUUAAAGAAAAAAUGGCGUCCGAGGUGAAAUUAUACGGGAGCGAACUUUUGGAAGUUGACAUAUGCGACGGCGGCGUGUUUUCCGAGGACGAGAGCGGCGUUUUUGUCAACUCUGCCGCUUGCCUCCAGGAUGAUUUCUCCGACUUUCAGCAGUGGACGAGCCCCGCCGAGUCAUCUAAUGACACAUCAUCACCUCCGGAACAGCAGGUCCACACCAGCGAGAACGGAGCUCCGCCCGGCACUCACUGGGGCAACACGGCCGGUGACAGCGACUCUGAGUCCCAGGGAGAUGGACUCAAAUCUAUGAGGUCUUCCAUAGUGGACUGUUUGCUGGUGGAGCUUUAUGAGACGUACAGUGGAGGCAGCAGGAGGAAUGUGGACAGCUGGGACAGCUCCACGGAGGCAUCCGGAUCGGAUGCUUUUCUGGGCCGCAGUAACUCCGGAUCCAGCUUCCUCCAGGAGCUCCAGGAAAAGCACACCAGGAGGCACCAGAUGAACUACCUGGCCCAGAAAGCCCCGGAGGAGCUGCAGUCAAUCAUCCAGGAGGUCAGAUAUCGUACAGGCCUGCAGUCGGCCAAGCUGCUUCGCCAGCUGAAGAGACGGGACCGACUUUGCCACAAACUGCAGAAGAACUACGACAUUAUCACAGCUUGUCUUCAAGCUGUCUCACAAAAACGACGAGUUGACACGAGGCUGAAGUUUACAAUCGAACCAUCGCUGGGAAAGAAUGGAUUCCAGCAGUGGUACGACGCCCUUAAAGCGGUGGCUAGGCUCCCUACUGGGAUACCAAAGGAAUGGAGGAAGAGGGUUUGGCUAACACUAGCAGACCAGUACCUCCACAGUAUCUCUAUUGACUGGGAGAAGACGCUUCGUUUCGCAUUUAACGAGCGUAGCAACCCUGACGAUGACUCCCUCGGCAUCCAAAUCGUCAAGGACCUGCACAGGACGGGCUGCAGUUCGUACUGUGGCCAGGAGGGAGAGCAGGACAGGGUGGUGCUGAAGAGGGUGCUGCUGGCAUACGCCCGCUGGAAUAAAAGUGUGGGCUACUGCCAAGGAUUCAACGUACUGGCUGCACUCAUACUGGAAGUUACAGAGGGCCAUGAGAGCGAUGCACUAAAGGUGAUGAUCUAUCUGAUUGACAAAGUGCUGCCUGAGAGUUAUUUUGCCAACAACCUGCGAGCGUUGUCAGUGGACAUGGCGGUGUUCAGAGACCUGCUGCGUCUAAAGCUGCCUAGACUGUCCCAGCAUCUCUCCCACCUUCAGAAAGCUGCCAACAGAGAGGCUGGAGGCAGCUACGAGCCUCCGUUGACCAACGUGUUCACAAUGCAGUGGUUCCUCACCAUGUUCGCCACCUGCCUGCCGGCCCCCACCGUGCUGAAGAUCUGGGACUCUGUUUUCUUUGAGGGUUCAGAGGUGCUGUUUCGGGUCGCCCUCGCCAUCUGGGAGAGACUGGGAGAGAGGAUCGAGUACUGUCACACAGCAGACGAGUUUUACAGCACCAUGGGCUGUCUCACUCAGGAGAUGCUAGAGAACAACCUCAUCGAUCCUCCUGAACUCAUGCAGGAGGUUUACUCCAUGGCAGUUUUUCCUUUCCCUCAACUGGCUGAGCUGAGAGAGAAAUACACCUACAACAUCACUCCGUUCCCUACGUCAGUCAAAACCAGUGCCAGUGGCGGUCUGGGCAGCUGGGAGAGCGAUGACGAUGCCGACAUGGACGAUGAAGACUCUGUGGUGACGGCGCUCGGUUGCCUGGGUCCCCUGGGGGGCUUACUGGCCCCCGAGCUGCAGAGGUACCAGAAACAUAUCAAAGACCAGCGAGGAGAGCAGGGAAACAUCGCAGAGCUGAGCCCAGGAGCGGUGGGAGCUGGAGGGGGAGGAGGAGGGGGAGGAGGUGCCAGGGCGGAGCAUCAAGCCGCAAUCAACAGCAUGAUGAUGGAGAGAAUGAGCACUGACAUCUACGCCCUGAAGAAGCAAUAUACGCGCAUCAAAAGGCGGCAGCAGGAGCAGGCUAUGCAACUCUACAUACGCACAGACAAGUGCCCCGCCACCCGUGUCCUGGCCUCCCAACUCAACCCUUCCAGCUCAGUAAUCAAUCACCUCCUUCUGGGUCGGAAACCACGCGGAGAUCCCUGGUGCUCCAGACCCACAUCCACGAGCACAUCAACACUACCAGGGUCCCGACCUGCUUCUCUGUCCCAGAGUCAGGGCUCCCCAGCCAGGCAGCGCUGUGGCUCGCUGCUCUCCAACAGUACUGCUUCUCCAGGGAGCUCUGGAGGAGACGGAGGGUCGCCCUGGCGCGCUCACGUCCGGGUACAUCGAAGGAAUAUAGCCAGGGCCCGAGCACAGCUGGGCUUUGAAGAUUCAGAGGAAAGGGAAGACAAUGAGGAGAAGGAGGAAGAAGGAGGAUCUGCGAGAUUCGUUGGUGAAGAGGAGAGGAGGAUUGAGGAAAAUGAGAGAGAUGAUGAGGAGCAGAAAGAGGGGAGUGACUCCUCUGUGUCUCCGUCUCCUGAUCCCUCUGGUACAGCAUCAGUGUGCAAAGAUGCUCUACAGGUGGCAGAUGGGACAGAAGAAGCAGAAGUUGCAGAGGUGGUAGUGCAACUGGACUCCCUGGAUCUAGAGGAUGAAUCAAAUCUGACCUCCCCCAACAACGCAAACCCAAAUACACAACCCCCAAUAUCAGAGUCUAAACCUGCACCCCAAGUCCACCUUCUCCCUCCUCCGCCAUCCUCAAACAGACACAAAGAGUCUGAUUCCUCAGGUUCAGAGAGUAGCACCGCCUCCGACAGACACUUUCCCUCCAUCACUUUACCUCCACCUCACCACUCCUUCAACUCCUCACCUUCCACCCUGAGUCCAUCCCCCUCUCCGGCGCCUACAUUGGCUUCUCUCGGUCCGUCCUGCUCGUCCUCUCCUACACCACCCUCCACCCCAGCGCCAAGCUCCACAUCCUGCCUACCAUCAUCCCCUUCAGCUGACGGCUUCUCAUCUCUCACUCUUUCCGCAUCGUCGUUUUACAAAACUUCCUCCCCCUCCACUCCUUCACUUUCCUCUAUCUCUUCCUCGUCCAGAUCUCGUUUAUCCUCCUCCCCGUCAACCCCAGCGCUCUCGUCCUCCACUCCUAAACAGCAGGUCUUUUCCCCGUUCCCUAGCGUGAAGCAACCCAGGAAAUCGGCAGCAGCCAGAAAUCUCGGCCUCUACGGUCCAACAUCCAGAACACCCACAGUACACUUCCCUCAGCUUAGCCGCAACCUUAAUCGUAGUAGUGCUGCCGGUACAACCGGGAGCCGAUGAAGACCUUUGCACUUCUGAACUGAUGCUAGAAGUCGUUACAUGAUAUAAAAAAUCAUUCUAUAGCUACACCGUGUUGCCUCCUGCAUAUCAAGAAAAUAACCCAUACCUUAUUUGAAGUAGAUUGAAAGUUGUAGAAAUGUAAAGUUCAGAUGUGUGCAGAAAUCACCUGAUUAUUGAUGUUGAAAUGUGAAGAUUGUGGUUCACCUAAUAAAGGGGUCAUCCUGAAAUUCACAAGCCAUUACAGACAAACAUUUAAGAACUAGUUGACUAUUAAUUGCGAAGGAAACUCGUUUAUUUUUUUGUUUAUUGUUUCAACCACAUUAGUACUGUACAGCUACGGAACACAUAACUAUUGGACCAUCACAGUGUCUAGCCCUUUACAGAGGCCUAUACAGGUUUUACUUGACCAUAAUGGAUGCACAAUAAAAAAAGAUAAGACAAAAGAUGUGGACUAUGUUUUAAGAACUUUCUAAAAAGAUACAUUGCAUUUGUGAGGGAGAUCUGUGUCCCUAAAUAAUGGUUUAAGAACUGAACCUUGAGAAAAGAAUACUCCCUCCACUAAAACAUGAAGAGACUCUGACCUGAACAAAUGCUCACUUCUGGACUCAUGGACCACAUGUGGCAACAUGAUGAAGUACGUUUUUUCCUAUGAGGUUACACAAUAGCCAUCCAGUUGUUUCUAUGCCAAGUAUUUAAAAAAAUUAUCCCAAGAAACAAGCGUUGCCUAAGAAUUCCUGUAAAUGAAGAAUAAUAAAAAGGUAGUGUGUGCCCCCCAAACCCUCAAAGACAG